AUCACAUAAGCGAAUGAUUGUUUUAAUCAUCUAUGGUUUAUAUUAUCUAUGAUGUUUGGAUAUUUAAUUUUUCAAAAUAAUGAGUGGUGAUAAGAAUGAGUUUAGUGUUUACAAAUUUUCAUAAUUAUAUUUUAGUUCUCAGAUAGAAGAAGUCUUUUAAGACUUGAUCUUAAAUUUCAAAAGACAGUUUUGAUGUUUGAAGCUGAUCCAACGCAUUACCAGACGAGCUCGCUACUUUCCACGUGCUGUGAUGGCAUUGCCUCCGUUUACCUGGGGAGGCACCUCCCCUCUGGCUCUAUGGUUGCCAUCAAGAAGUUCAAUUUGGACAACUCGAAGGAGGAAGAAAAUUUGAUACAGCGUGAAAUAAUAGUGACGCGCCAGCUGCAACACCCGAACGUCCUCGCGUACCACACUGCGUUCGUGACCGGCCUGGAAGUGUGCGUGGUGUCCCCGCUGAUGGGGUUCGGGUCGUGCCAGAGCCUGCUGGCCGAGCACUUCGUGGACGGGCUUCCGGAACUGGCCAUCGCCCACAUCGUCCGCGACGUCCUGCAGGGACUCGAGUACAUCCACAGGAAGGGCUACAUACACAGGGCAGUGCGCGCCAGCCACAUCCUGGUGUCCGCGUGUGGCCGAGCGUGCCUGUCGGGCCUGCGGUACGCGUGCCACAUCGUGGAGAACGGCAGGUGGCAGCGCAGCAUCCACUCGUUCCCGCACAGCUCGGCCAGGAACCUCAACUGGCUGAGCCCGGAAAUGCUUGAGCAGAACAUUCACGGCUACAACGAGAAGUCUGACGUGUACAGUGUCGGGGUGACAUUGUGCGAGCUGGCCAAUGGCGUGGUGCCCUUCGCAGACAUGCCUACCACCCUCAUGCUGAUAGAAAAGGUGAGGGGGUGCGCGCCUUUGCUGUUCGACUGUACGACCCUGCCUCUGUACGAAGACUUGGAACCAGGCCAGAAUGUCCAAAAUGCUAGCACCAGCAAUGUGCAGUACAAGGCGAUGCAGCAGCGACGCUUCUCGGAGGCAUCCCACCAGCUGGCCGAGCUCUGCCUGCAGCGGGAGCCCACGCUGAGGCCGUCGGCCGGCCAGCUGCUGGCCCACUCCUUCUUCAAGCAGUGCAAGCGCAGCGGCGCCACCAUGGCCGAGCUGCUCCAUCCAGCGCUGCCCUUCAGCGACGCCAGGGGCGACGCGCAAGAUAAAUUAGCGGAAAUGGAGUUAGAACCAGACCAGUGGGAUUUCUGAGAAGCUAAGCCAAAAUCAGUUGUAAACCAGUACAUGUAUUAUAUAUAUUUUGUAAAUAAACUAUGUUCAAAUUUUGUUUCACAGUUA